CAAGAUGGCGGAAGCGUUCAAACAAGAAAUGCCUCCGAAAGGGGGCUAUGCAUCUAUAAAUAUUGCAAGAAAUUUAAAAACGAGAGGCCCGUCGGGUUUCCUGACUCUUGUUUUAGGAACUGGCAUGAUGCUGGGCGGAUUUCUUGUCGUAAAAUACGGGAAUAAUAAGAGAAGAACAUUAAAAAUGGAGCAGCAAGAAGCCAAAGUGUCUUUGAUUCCACUAAUACAAGCUGAACAGGACAGAAACUUAAUCAGACUAAUGAAAGAAAACAUGAAAACAGAAGAAGCCAUAAUGAAACAUGUUAAAGGCUGGAAAGCCGGAGAGAGUGUCUACCACACAAAGAGAUGGGUGGCACCUUACUCUACUGAACUAGAGGAACUUUAGAAACCUAGAACAUAUUCAUGUCUGAACACUUUAUAUCAACUGCGUUUGCUUUAUUGAUGGCGUAUAAACCUCGCUCUCUUUUUCAUCUUGUGUAAAAGUUUGGUGAAAUGAAUUUGUUUCAAUAUAA